AUGAAUCGGUCCGACAACUUUUCCAUCUCUAAUUCUACGAAUACCAUUGAAUUAUUGUACGAAUCGGCUAUCCGUCGCAACGUAUUCCUGAUUAUCGCAUCAAUUCUAUGCGGCAUAACCUGUAUCCUAACCACCCUACUAAUAAUCGUCUUCAUCCGACAAAGAUCACAAGGCCCCAAGCUCCUAAUUCUCCAUCAACUGCUAACCGAAGCCCAGUUAACCAUGCUGCACUGGCCGCUGUACAACCUCGCUUUCCUGCUUUCCCAGUACGGUUACUAUUUCCCCACUGUAUUCUGCCGGUACUACUUGCUCUUGUACAUGACCAAUCUAACCGCCGGUCUGUGGGGGCUAUUCAUUCUAGCGCUAAACCGUUUAAUCGCCAUCGGGAAACCGCACUUUUACGAACGAUGGAACAGCCCACCGGUCAAUAUCGCCAUGAUCGCCGGUUGCUGGUUAAUCGGAUUGUGUUCCUAUCUGUAUUUCUUUUUGGGUGGAGAAGGCGGUCUGGCGCCGGUAGCCCCGUUCGGGUUGUGUAAUUUCGUCCAGCCGGGAUUGCGCUUAGUGAUCGCCAAUAUCUUUGGAUCGUAUCUUCCCUUGCUGCUGACGACGGUGAUUUAUAUACCUCUGCUGUGCAAGCGGCGCCAGCGUGUCGCGGAGGCGACAACCGCCGUUGUCGGCGAAUCGCAGAGGAAGAAACAGAAGCUGACACGGAUGCUGUUCGGGAUGGCCGUCGUCCAUGUGGUGUGCUUCAGUAGUGUGCCGGUACUGAACUCCUUCUUCCCGGGAUUUUAUUCGCGGGAUCCCAUGGCCAGGGUGUGGAUGCGGCAGGUGUUCUGCUUGGGCUACUUGUCUACACCGAUUUCCGCCGAGGAGCCAUGGGACUUUUUCUCCGGCGCAAUCAUCCGCUAA